AUGAGCAGCACAUUUGUCACCCUGGCUGAAGUGCUGGAGGCCAGAGGACGACCUCUCGAGGAGGAUGAGGUCUGGGUUCUUCUGCUUGCCUCUGUCGAAACACUGCUCGAUCUAUCCUGCAAAGGCCACAGCAACAUCUGCAACAUCAUAACUCCUAUGUCACUGCUCUUGUCUGCAAGUGGCUCACUAGCUUUUAAAAACUGUGCAAUGAAAGAUGAUGCCUGUGCAUUUACUGCACCAGAGAUGCUGCAGGGCAGAGCCACGUGCACCAAACUGGCCAUGGAGAAGAUGAUUGUAUACUCUCUUGGGAUGGCUCUCUAUUGGUCAGUUGACUAUCACAUUCCUCAGCAUCAGCCCAUUCAGCUGAGUGACUCUCUGAACUGCCUCCUGCUGAGUAUGUGUGAGGAUGCAGCCCAUCGGCGAGUGAAUCUCAGUACCAUUCUGGAAGUUUGUGAAUCCCACUGUAAAGCUUUAUCCCUGCCCCCACCCUGCAAAAUCAUCCAGCAGCUGGUGGAGGAGGUUUUCCACAACUCUGUUGACCAGUCCACUUUUACAGAGAACACAAUGCAGAUAACUGGCAGAAGUCUGAUGGUCAGAGAAAGGCUUCAUGGGAGGUUUGGAAUGUACCCAGGCUAUGCUGAGGAGAGCACAAAUGCAGCAGUGAGACGCAGACUGUCACUAGACUCAGAAUAUAAGCAGGGUGCAUAUCAACACAAAACCUGGUCUCUCAAAAAUAGAUGCCCCCAGGUCCCUGCUUACAUGAACAUUCAGAGUAGAAUUCCAGAUGGAGCGCAUCACAGUAGCAGUAACAACAGUUUGAUGUCUCAGAGUUCAUAUCACAACAUCCCCUGCAAGCUCAAACAGAAACUUCCAAGCCCGUCUGUUUCUCUCAGUGAUUCUACAGUCAGUCUUAGCCAGAGAAAGACUAAGAAUCUAGGGCCUGAGUUUGUAAGGAUGUCUGAUGUGCCUCAGACCAUUUUGGAGCUGCCUGGAUCUAUAGUGUCAAGGAAAGGGAAGUCCUGCUUAUCACAGAGGGAGGUUAAUGUGGUGCUGCCAAAUAACCAUUGUCUGAUGGUGAAAUGUGACAUCAAGUCCAGAGGGAGAGAUGUCUUUGACAUGGUCGUUGCUCAUGCAAACCUGGUGGAACAUUUUUACUUUGGCCUUGCUUUUAUGGAUGACAAUGAAUUUUUCUUCUUAAACAAUGAGACAAAAAUCUCAAAAGUUGCUCCAGACUCCUGGAAGAAACUGACAACUUCUACAUUCACUCUUUUUCUUCGUGUAAAGUUUUUCACUGAUGAUGUCUCCUAUAUACUGCACAAACUAACUCGUCAUCAGUACUAUGUCCAGCUGAGGAAAGAUAUUUUGGAGGACAGAGUGUAUUGUAAUGAGGACACGGUCAUGUUCCUUGCUGCCCUGGCCUUGCAAGCUGAGUUUGGAGACUACAUACCUGAGGUUCAUGGCAAGAACUAUUUUCAGAUGGAGCACUACAUUCCAAAAAGAAUUUUGGAAAGAAAUACCCUGUCCUGUCUAAGAGAGGAGGUGAUGACAUUACAUGCCAGUAAUGCCCACAUGCUUUUAGAAGAAGCUGAAAUAGAAUUUUUAAAGAUUGUACAACAACUGCCGGAAUACGGGGUGCUGUUUCAUCGAGCUGCUCGAGAUAAGAAGCUUGCCAUUGGAGAGAUGAUUCUUGGGGUUUGCUCCAAAGGAAUUAUGGUUUAUGAAGUUAAAAACAACUGUCGGAUAUUAACCCGCAGAAUCCAGUGGUCUGAAAUUGAUAGUAUCUCAACAAGUUGGAGAAAGUUUACUGUAGAAUGCGGCCCUGGAGGGAAGAAACACUCAUUUGUAACUGAGAGCUCCAAGAUUGCACAAUACCUCCUGGACCUCUGCUCUGCUCAGCACAAGUUCCACAGUGAGAUGUCUUCUCGACAGCUUACCCACAAUUUGGCUUCAGACUGUCACAAAGCAAAGUACUCUUUAAUAUGGCAUGCUAAACAAAACCAGAUGAAGAGGUUCUCAUGUUCAGAAUUUGUGCUCAAUCACAUUGGACUAAACACACCACCUACCAACUCUAUAAGCAAGUCAUGUGAUGAUCUUCCCACCAAAAUGCAUCAGUCAAAAGACCUAUCGGAAACACCUGACAUUCCUGGACCUAGAACCAUAAACAAGCAGAAGAAGCCAACUCAUAGCUGCAGCUCUCCAGAGACCUCGGGUUCACCAAUUUAUCGGAUCAUGUCCAACGUCUCUUUGCAGAAGCAAGACUCUGAGUCCUGCUUGAGCUCAUCCAUGAGAGUGGACACUCCUGUUCGAACUCCAGAAAGAGAAAUAAUCUGUGUCAAACUGAAGAGAGACCCCAAACUUGGGUUUGGAUUUAUAAUAGUUGGAGAAGACAACACAGGGAAGUUAGAUCUGGGAAUCUUCAUCGCAUCUGUUGUACCAGAUGGGCCAGCUGAUAAAGAUGGCAGAAUCAGGCCAGGUGGCAGACUGAUUUCUCUAAAUAAGACCAGUCUUGAGGGAGUAACCUUUACUGCAGCUGCUGCCAUCCUACAGAACAGCCCAGAUGAAGUGGAGCUCAUAGUGUCUCAACCAAAACAGGAGUUUUGGGAAAGAAAAAGUUCUUUGACUGCUGCCAGCCUGGGGCUGAAUCCAGAAAGAGGCACUGACUCUCAGACCACUCCCAAUACUGAGUGCAGGCCAGUAAAGGAGAACCUGGAGGACACCUCGAACAGUGUGACCCCUAAAAUUGGUAGGAAACUACAUAUCCCUGUGGUUCGGAUUUUAGAUGUUAAGGAAACAUGCACCGGCACCUCCUCUCAGUCUCAUUUCUCCAGUCUCAGGCCAGGAGAAUUGAUCUAUGUGGAGCUAGAGAAGGUCAAUGGCAGUUUAGGUGUCUGUGUUGCUGGAGGCGUAAACACAAGUGUGCGAUAUGGAGGGAUCUAUAUCAAAAGCAUGAUUCCAGGAGGAGCUGCUGAUAUGGAUGGUCGAAUACAGAUUGGUGACAGGCUGUUGGAGGUGAAUGGCUAUAACUUGCGUGGUGUCACCCACAAAGAGGCAAUAGAAUGCCUGAAGAAAACAGGAGAGGUUGUAAGUCUGCUUCUAGAGAGGGCGCCCCAUCUAGUGACUGAAACCUCCAGCACAUCACCCAACGUGGAGAGACGAAAGUCCCCAUCCACACAGAGUACACAGAGCACCACCACCCCCUCUGGGAGAGAUAUCACCAUGGAAAUGCCCUUGUCUGUCAGGGAUAAGGACUACAGCUUCGUGUCAGAUGAGAAUACCCUUGAGGUGACUCUGGAGAAGAAACUGAGUGGUUUGGGCUUCAGCUUCCUCAUUAGCAAUUUGGGUCAUGGAGAAGGGAGUAUAGUGCGCAUUCGAAGACUCUUCUCUGGCCAGCAGUUUGAAGGAUGUGGGCUGCUGAAGGAGGGAGAUGUCAUCCUUGCAGUAAAUGGAGAGCCAGUGAAAGGACUCUCAUACCAGAAAGUUCUGAAGCUUAUUCGGGGACCUCCAACAAAGGUCAGGCUGUUAAUUUGCAGACCUUCACCAGGACAACUUCCUGAAAUGCAUGCCAGCUCAUUGAGUUCAUCCCCAAUGCCUACUAAAAAGCAUAGGUCUCGGUCUUUAGAUCUUUCAGUGGGCUGUGUUUCUACAGACUUCAAUAAACUGCUCCAACAAAAGACCACUGACCUAAGCCAGAGGACACACUUUGUUUUUCCCAGUACUGUCCAUGAGAUUCAGCUGUGCCAGGAGAGUGAACCGGACAAAUCUCCAUCCACAAUGUCGUCUUCACCCUCCCCGCCAACGCUUGAUGAAGAGCUAGAGGAAGAUACUGAUGAAACAAAAGUCCUGCUUACAAGUUCCUGUUCUCCAACGCUAACCAACAUUACAGAUACAGCUCCAAACUCUCCACAAUCUCCAGUCAGACUUCAAGCUUCUCCCACACCUUCAAACCCACAGCAGGAACCCAAGGAGGACAUGGUCUUAAAAAGCUGCUGUGGCUCAGCCUUUAUCAGUGACCCGAAUGAGGACUUAAGUGGGAGUAGAGCUUGCUUUAUGGCUAAUGGACUGACUGUCUUUACUGAUGAGGAGUAUUUGACCAUCACCACCACUGCAGCCAGUCCUCCCAGUGGAAGCAUUUCCUCUACUAGCACUCUGAUCCCUCCUGCACAUCUUCAACUACCUUCGUCACCUUCUCGUCCUGCCAGCCCAAGUCAGUCCCUUAAAAAAAACACACAUUCACCCAAUCUUUCAGCCCAGCUUACCCCGGCCUGCUCACUUACCACCAAAAACUGCUGGGAUGAUGAGGAGGAAGAAGAUGAAGACCCCAGAAAGGAUGUGUUGAAGGAGUUUGAGAUGACAGUAACACUUACUAAAUCCAGGAGUGGCAGUUUUGGGUUUACCAUCACCAGAAGUAAACUGGACCUCUGCUUUUACAUACAGGAAGUCCUGGAUAAUCCAGCCAAGGCGGAUGGGCGGCUUAGAGCAGGAGACAGGCUGAUCAUGGUUAAUGGUCAUAUUGUGACCAAUGUGUCGGAUGAAGUAGCCAUGACUAUUUUGAGAAACUCCCCAAAAAGACUUCACAUGGUGCUAGGCAGAGCUGUACAGAACCUCCUUCCCCCUCCACCACCUGACAGCCUUCAAGACAUCAUCAUAUACAAGACCACAUCUGGACAACUGGGUAUUAAGCUGUCAGGUGGCAUCGGCAGCAGAUGGCAGGGGAUUUACGUUCAGGAGGUGGUGCCAAACUCUCCCGCCAGUGAAGAGGGCAGCAUUCAGCCAAAUGACAAAAUUGUCUACAUCAGUGGCAGGUGCACAUUGGGAAUGUCGCUUGAAGAUGCUGUAAAGGCCUGUGAAAAUUCUUCACGCAAAGUCAAACUGAAAGCCAUGAGGGAUGAUCAACCUGUCACCCCCAAAAGCAAAUGGAAUGGUUUCUUUGAUUGGAAAAAAGAAAAGAAGUUCCCCCCUCAGUCUGACGAGGACGCUGCUUGUGAUGAUGGUAAACUCAUGGCUAAGAAUGCUAUGAAAUUCAGCCCGGGCCUCUCUGUAAGCACACAGCAGGAGAGCUGUGUUCUUCAGGUAGAGUUCAAUAAACCAGAAAGAGGUGGGCUGGGUUUUUCACUGGUGGGUGGAGUCAGUGGCAAAAACCUUCAAAUAAAGGACAUCUGCUGUGGAGGCAUGGCCGAGCAGGACGGCCGUCUUCGUGUCGGAGACAUCCUCUUAGAGGUGAAUGGAGUGAUCGUGUCGGGAUUAAAGCACACUCAGGUGGUGGAUAUUCUGCGGAAAGCAGAGGGUACAGUCCAGCUAACUGUAUACAGAGACAUUUCACCCACAACUACCUGCACUGGCUCCAUGUUUUACAACGAGCCUCCUCAGCAGCUCAGCACACAAGGAGCUACGCCAGAGCCACAGGUGAAAGAGGAUCCUGUGUCUUUUCACUCAUUGGGGUGUUAUGGGAUAAGGAUGGAAUCCAAUCAGGAUAGUGGAAGCUGUUCACCCACAUUUCAGGGUUGUUGUCCAUCUCUGGUUGUCACAGAUAUGCUACAGAAAAAAACAGACACACAAAAACAGCAUCUAGAAAAUCCCACCUCAAACACAGAAAAAAGCUACUCAGAUGACUGGAGCAGUGAUGAUGAUGACGAUGAUGAUGAUAAUGAUGAUGAUACAUCUCAGUCUUCCCCUAUAGAAACAAUGCCCCCCACAGGUCAGCCUAUUGUGUCGGAGGAAGAACUGGCCAGACUUUCCCUGAUCAGUCCACCAAGCAAUGGCCAGUACUCUGGGUCCAAACUCAAAGCCCUUAUACAGAAUCUUCAGGAUCAGCUGGAUCAGCAGGAACUUGUAAAAGAGUUUACGGCUUUGGGACAUAUGGUGCCCUCUGACAACUGCUUGGUUGGAAAAGCACCAGAGAACAGAGAGAAGAACCGAUACAGAGAAAUCCUGCCCUAUGAUAAGACACGGGUUCCUGUGGGAGAGAAACAGGACUACAUCAAUGCCAGCUACAUCCGGAUGAAGGUGGGCCAAGAGGAGUUUUUCUACAUCUCGACUCAGGGCCCGCUGCCCAACACUCAGGACUGCUUCUGGCAGAUGAUUUGGGAGAACAAGUCUGAUGUUAUUGCCAUGAUGACCCGUGAAGUAGAGCAUGGCAGGGUCAAAUGCUACAAGUACUGGCCUGACAAGCUCAAUAUUCCCAUAGAGACAAGCCACUACCAGCUAAUCCUGGACAACUACCAAAUACAGGACUACUUCCACAUCAGGGUCAUCAAGAUGGUAGAGAAAGAGACUGGAACCACACACUUUGUGAACCACCUGAAGUUUACAACAUGGCCGGACCACAGCACACCUCACUCUGGUGAGCAGCUGGUGCGCUUUAUCCGCUAUAUGCGUUCAGUGCAUUCCAAAGGGCCCAUCACGGUGCACUGCAGCGCGGGCAUCGGCAGGUCUGGUGUCCUUAUCUGCAUUGACGUCAUCCUCCGCCUCAUAGAACAAGAUCUCACUAUUAAUGUGAGUGAGAUUGUCAGGCAGAUGCGGUUCCAGCGGCAUGGGAUGAUUCAGACCAAGGAACAGUACGUCUUCUGUUACAAAGUGUGGCUAGACGUGUUACAGAGCAUCUCGCUUUUUCAUGGCAACCAGUGGCAAUCAGAAACCCCCUUGUGAACGAGCUAGGGCUUUUUUUUUCACCUUAAGUUAUUCCACAGUUUCCGUGAGGCGGCAGCUCACGUCUGGUUGAAUGGUGUUGAAACGUUGCUGUGUGAGUUAUACGACGUUAAUCACGUGCACUGAGUUUAACUUUCAGUGGUGUUCUAAUCAUUUAGUAUUACAUAUACAGCGCAGGAAGCAGGCUAGACGUUUUCAUCAACUGUGUUAUGACCUUGUAUGAUACGAUUUAUAUCUUAAUAUAGUGCGUAUGAGUCGGAGCACAGAUUUUAGAGUCAGUUAAAUGCAGAAAUUGUUCUUAAAUAUGUCAUUUAAUGAUUGUUACUGUCAUUAUUUGUACUAUUAUUAUUUACACAAACAAGGCAGUGCAAAAUUAUAAAUCAAGACGCCUGAAAAAUCUGGAUAUACUACAUAGUUGGAAGUAUGUGGACAACCGUUCCAAUAAGCGAUUCCAAUCAGGCUAUUUUUAAAACACCCAUUCAAGCAUACACACAUUUAUUUUCCAUAAACAAGCAUCAGCUCUAGAAUGUGUCAUACCAAGACUAGAUUUGUUUAACAUGCACCGUUGCAGGAUGCUCCAUUUCCAACAAGUUUAGCUUGUUAAACCUCUGCCUUGAUUUGCUUCUGUUAUCUCUUAUUGUGAACAAUACAACACAGUCCCAAACAGUAGGCCACAAUCCCUCACAGACCAACCAGGACUACUGAGUGCUAAAAUGCUUAGUGUGUAAUAAUUCCCUACUCCUUAUUGCAACACUCACUACUGAAUUUCAGACUACCUCUAAAAACAAUGACAGCACAAGACUGGCUCUUUCGGAGCAGCCAUGCACAACCCUAACAUACACAAUAAACAUGCACAAUAGUAAAGGUUUACUAGAGAAGUGUAAAAUACAUACCACUCGAUUAUGGCAUAUGGAAUGUGGUUUUUUUUCCAAACAUUGAUCAAUCAGCCAAGUAAAGUGUUAUGUUACAAUAGAUUUUUUUUUUAAUCUGCAAUCGGAUACAAAAUCAUCCGUCAGCCAAUUUGGCUGUGAAGAAAUCAGAAUUGCAACUUAGUGACAGUAGUGUAGAAAUGUCCAUUCCUGUUAUAGCAUUUAGUUCCACUUUAAUGCUGCACAGAACAAGAAAAGGUUUACAGUUAAGUUAUGUGUAAAAGAGCCAGACAGCCCUAUCAAGGCCUUAUCAGCGCACGUAAACAUUGCUAAUGUACUUGUGGCUAAAUGGCUAAAAUGUGAAGCCACACAGUCCUUUUCCAAAACAGAAAUGUAAAAAAUGUAGCCUGUAAAGAAUUAAUCUGCUCCAAAUUAAUGACAUUGGUCUUGAAACUGAUGUUUUAUAAGCACAUUUGUUAAUCAUCCAGAAUAACCAUCUUUCUGACACUAUAUGGACUUAAUCGUUGAGUAAAGUGCCUUUUCAUUUCUCCUGUUAAGCAUCUAGUACAUGUAUAGUCUAGUAUAAACUAAUGUGGCUGGAGGCUGCCAACAGACAGAAAGCAAAAACACACAUAAAAACCCAAAGAAACAGAUGAACAUAUGAGAUUAGCAACAAGAGCCUUCUUAGAGUUACUUUUAGCUUUUCAGUCCUUAGCAGUGGACAUUUAUUCACUUUUAGAACUAAAGUUUAGUCAAAGAAUACACCUGUUUUCAAAAACCAUUUAAAUAAAUACAUGUAUGUAGGCAACCAAUAUUCAUUUUAUUACUAUUACUAUUACAUGUCUAAUGUUUUGUUUUAUUUAGCUCAGAUUCUAACUUUAUAUUAACCUACACCAACAUUUUUAUUCAAGUAAACAGUUCACCCUGUUUACUUAAGUAAUCAUUGUUUGAAAAAGAUAUAUAGAUAAGGUGGGGUGUAAAAUCUACAGUAUUUACAUGCUGUUAUGUUAAAUAUGUAAACAUGUGCUAUGCUGUUUUUGUUGUAUUGCUAUGAUUGUACAAUUUCCAGUGUGUAAGGAUGUGCUGCUAUUAUUACUUGAUAUAUGCUAAAAUGUCCUAGAGAUGUUUCAAAAUCUUAUUAGCAUUAUACUUA